AUGGCGGACAGGAACGCCAGCGACACCAUCAUCAGGCUGAGCGACGAGCGGCAGCUUAUUGAGUGGACGAAAAACCAACAUUUCACAGCACGAUUCGUGUGCCACAUUGUUCGACCCAACAACCAGCAGUGCCGCCAAUUGGAGAAGCAUCUAAAGAUACUGGCCGCCAAGCAUCCGGAGGCCAAGUUCUGUGCACUGAACGCCGACAAGGCACCAAAUAUUCUGGCGCGCCUCAGCGAAUACGAGCGAAAUGAUGUGCCCCAGAUUGUGGUGCUGCACGGCGGUUGGGCGGAGGAUGUUAUAUUCGGCUACGCGGAGCUACAAAACAGUGACGGCUUCUGCACGGAGUUGAUCGAGCAGCGCAUCGCCGAAUCCGGGGCCAUUGAGUGUCGAAUGCAGCCCAACCAGCUGGACCGAAGCGAUCCACAGCGUUGGAUGACGCCAAAGCGGCGACGACAUGACACCACAUAG